AUGUGUGCGCCGACCCUCGACCCUCAAGUAGAUCACGACACAGACAUCGCCGACCCUCAAGUGCAAGCCGACCAUGCCAAGCGCCAGCCUACUUCGGCCGUUGCCGCCAAGUGCAACCCUCGCCGCGACUCUUGCUCACCGACCCUCAAGUGAAACCCCCAUAAGAAAAAGAGAGAAAAAGUUCAUCAAAAGAUGAACAAAUCUAUUGAACAGGAGCUUAGCCUCAGUAGAUCGUAACAACAAGGCUACUCUACUACUUACAGCACUCCGUUCUAUUUAAGUCGUUUGCAAAGGAUUCACCCCCGCGGAUUUUUCGAAUAUAAUUCACCGGCUACCCCCGAAGCCUUUCCGCUCCGAGAGGCGUGACCGGUCAAAUAUGGUUUACGAGCCGAAGCUCUAUCUUAACUCGACUAAGAUUCGCGGGACUAACAUCAUCGUUUCUAGCACGGAUUCUGGCUUAGAGGCGUUCAGCCAUAAUCCAACACGUGGUAGCUUCGCGGCAUUGCCCGAUCGGACAGCCGCAAAUACCCGAUCUCAAGGGAUUCUGGAAGGGGGUCAACUCGAAGGCAUUGACGGCGAGGGAACGCGAGGUGUGGUUCAAGCUCGUCAGGAACUUCACCCCGACUCGGAGUCUGCAGUUUCAUCAAAAGCACGACGACUCGCCCGCGUGCCUCGUCUGUGGAGCGCCCAAGGACGAUCGGGAGCACUACUUCUUCGACUGCGUUGACUCUAGGAACGUUUGGAUCGCGGCAAGGGGCGUGCUCUGCGACGCACUGGGGCUCGACACGAUCGACAACACGCAUUACACGGCCGUUCAACGCAUGUUCGGACUUCCGAAGCUCAAGGCCAGUCUGCGCGAUCAAGAAGGAGCGGGGAGGACGAUCGAAAUAUUCACCGGGCUGGUCUUGGAGAUGAUCAGCAGCGGGAGGUGGGGGAUGCAGAAGUGGGGGACGAGGAUGGAGGGUGUUGGGAGGAGGAGGAUAAUCUUGGAGGAGAGGUUGAAGCUGAGGGCGGGAGGAGCUUGGGGGAGGAGAAGGCAGUAG